AGGGGGUCCCCGGGGGAGGAGAGGCAGCAUGGCAGCGACGCUCCUGCUCCGAGUCUCGGUCAGCUGGCUCUGCAGGAAGAGGCGCCUCUACGCCGAGAGCGUGGCCCUGGUGUCUUCUAGGGGAAUGGCUUCUAAAACCUCUGUUGGAUUCAUUGGUUUGGGUAACAUGGGAUCUCCAAUGGCGAAAAACCUUGUCAAACAUGGAUACCCUGUUAUCGCAUAUGAUGUCUUUCCAGAAGCAUGUAAAGAAUUUCAGGAGCUGGGUACACAGGUGACAGAUUCCCCAGCAGAUGUAGCAGAAAGAGCUGACAGGAUUAUCACAAUGCUUCCAUCUAAUCCUAAUGUAAUGGAAGUUUACACAGGCACCAAUGGAGUUCUCAAAAAAGUGAAGAAAGGAUCAUUGCUAAUAGACUCCAGUACUAUUGAUCCUGCAGUAUCAAAAGAGCUAGCAAAAGAAGCUGAAAAAAUGGGAGCUGUUUUUAUGGAUGCCCCUGUUUCUGGUGGUGUUGGAGCUGCUCGUGCAGGAAACCUUACAUUCAUGGUUGGAGGAGUAGAACAAGAAUUUGAUGCUGCAAAGGAGCUACUUACAUGUAUGGGCUCCAAUGUUGUCUACUGUGGAGAAGUUGGAACUGGACAGGCUGCAAAAAUCUGUAACAACAUGCUCUUAGCCAUCAGUAUGAUUGGAACUGCUGAGACCAUGAAUCUUGGAAUCAGGUUAGGGCUUGACCCAAAGCUGUUGGCCAAAAUCUUAAAUAUGAGCUCAGGCCGUUGUUGGUCAAGUGAUACUUACAACCCUGUGCCAGGAGUGAUGGAAGGGGUACCUUCUGCUAACAAUUAUCAAGGUGGCUUUGGGACAACCCUUAUGGCUAAGGAUCUUGGCUUGGCCCAGAUUUCAGCUACCAACACCAAGACAUCAGUCCCUCUUGGUUCUUUGGCCCAUCAGGUUUACAGGAUCAUGUGUGCCAAGGGCUAUGCCCAGAAAGACUUCUCAUCUGUGUUCCAGUUUUUACGUGAAGAGGAAAGCUUGUGAAAUCUUUCCUUUGACAAUGGACAAUGUUAGAAACCAAACUCUAUUUAGGGAACCUCUUUACAGAUUACUCAAUAAAUAUAUAGGUCUAAUGAAAGAUCAUGAAUCAUGAUCUCAGCCACCUCUGUCUUCUGGGUCACAGAACUGCCUCCAGGAUUUAUUGUCUCUUUUUUUGAAAGAUGGUUGGAAAGGCUUUUAAAAUGCUUAACAAUAGGUAACUGGCUUAAAGAAAGAACCACACUAAAGCUAAACGACAUGCAUUCUACCUGUAUUUGCACAUAGGAUUGAUGACAUGGUUAUAUACUGUGGAAACAUAACUGUGAUUAAAGGAUCUGAUGCUGAGCUUCCUACCUAAGUAGCAAAUCAUUUUUCCCUUUUUUUAAUAAAAGGGGAAAAAUGGGGGGGGGGGGAAAUACUGCAUUGGAUAAUUUUACUGAUAAUUUUUUAAAAAUCUACCAUUGGCCUAAAUAUAAUAGUGGAAUUUCAUUAAAAUAGGGGUGAAAGGCUUGGUGAAGAAUUGAUUUCAGGUUAUUGGAAUGCUGCUGUUCUUAUUAUUUUAAGUGAUGGGCAUAGUUAAAAUAAUGCUGUGUACAUGCAAAUGCAUACACAUUUUUGAACACUUGCUAACAUACUUUUAAAUACUUUUUAAACCUCAUUUUCACACAUUUUCAAAACAUUAAGCUCACUGAUACGUACUUAUUUUUGGCAUAUUCUGCAUUACUAUAAACAUAAAUAAAUAAAUAAAUCCCAUUUUACUUUGAAAUAA